CCACAAUCAAUACACACACAACACAUUAAAAAUGAAACUCUCAAUCACAUUGGCUCUAUGCUUCACUUUCCUGAUCGGAGCACAAGCCAAAGUCCCCGUCGACGAGCAGUUCCUAGUAGUCAACGAAGGACUCUUCAGCGACUAUAGUCCCAUCGAAUACAACCCCGACAUGCGUGGCUUCCAACCCUUCAACGAAAACUUCCGUCUCUGCUUCUACAACACAACCCCAAACGCAUACACACUCGCUCUCAGAAUCGGAAACAGAGCUCAAGAGUCAACUCUCAGAUGGGUCUGGGAAGCUAACAGAGGCACGCCGGUCAGAGAAAACGCAACGUUGACUUUCGGUGAAGACGGUAACCUCGUACUCGCCGACGCCGAUGGUCGCCUUGUCUGGCAAACGAACACGGCUAACAAAGGUGCCGUGGGAAUCAAGAUCUUGGCGAAUGGCAAUAUGGUAAUAUACGAUGCCAAUGGAAAAUUCAUAUGGCAGAGUUUUGAUUCUCCUACCGACACACUUCUUGUCGGACAAUCACUUAAACGCAACGGACGGAACAAGCUCGUAAGCAGACUGUCUCGUUCGGUUAACACAAAUGGACCGUAUAGUCUCGUGAUGGAAGACAAGAAGCUAGUUUUGUACUACACGACAAACAAAACUCCGAAACCUAUCACUUAUUAUGACUACGAGUUCUUCACCAAGAUCACUCAGUUACAAUCAAUAACGUUCCAAGCCGUGGAAGAUUCCGACAGCACGUGGGGUCUACACAUGGAAGGUGUGGACUCUGGUUCUCAGUUCAACGUCUCCACGUUCCUCUCGCGGCCCAAACACAACGCCACGUUGAGCUUCAUUAGGUUAGAACCAGACGGUAACCUUAGAGUUUGGAGUUACAGCACGUUAGCGACUUCAACGGCUUGGGACGUGACCUACACGGCGUUUACUAACGACGAUACUGAUGGUAACGACGAGUGUAGAAUCCCUGAGCAUUGUUUGGACUUUGGUUUAUGUAAGAAAGGUCAAUGUAACGCUUGUCCUACGGACAAAGGGCUUCUUGGAUGGGACGAGACUUGUAAGACUCCGAGUCUCACGAGUUGCGAUCCCAAGACGUUUCAUUAUUUCAAGAUCGAGGGAGCUGAUAGUUUCAUGACUAAGUAUAACGGUGGCUCGUCGGCCACGGAGAAAGCGUGUGGAGACAAGUGUACGAGUGAUUGUAAGUGUUUAGGGUUUUUCUACAACAGGAAGAGUUCAAGGUGUUGGAUGGGUUAUGAGCUCAAGACAAUGAUUAGAACCGGAGAUGCUUCGCUGGUUGCUUAUGUUAAGGCUCCUAAUGCUAUCAAGAUGUCAGUUUCUUGAGGUGUGAGAGUCAUAUGCGUCUAUUGUGUUGUGUGUUUAAUAAUGUCAAAUUUGGUUUGCUUACGUUUAUGAAAAAAAGCUGUACUGCUUCUCACGCUACACCAUAAUAAAGUGAAAUGAAUGAAUCUAAGAUAUAUGAAUAUUUUUGGAAAUUAAGCUUUGACAGUACGCACGAGCCCAUGUGGAUGUAAACAUUAUUUGGCACGUCAAGUAAUUAUGGAACCUGAUAUGUCAUUUCCAUAAUAAUAAUAAUAUAUCUGUAUGUAGAUAAAAUUAGCAUCCAAGAAGGAGAGUAUAUUAACGGAUAUGCUUCAAUAAAACGAACAAGAUACGA